GAAGCCCGAUACCUUUCGCAUCACGAACUUGAAAUCUUCAUACAUACUCAGUGGUGCAGCAUGUUGUUUAUGUUUUAGUCGUGGAACAUUUUGACUGGCAAUUAUGGAUCCCUUUAGCAUAACAGUCGGGGCUGUGGGACUCAUAACAGUCUUCAAAGAAGUCUACCUCCUGUCGCGAUGUAUUUAUCGAGCCUGUGAAUCAGCAAGAGCGAGCGACGAGGAGCGUGAGAAGUUGAGACAUGAUCUGCGAUAUGACUUGCUUCGCAUACGAUCAUUUGGGCGACAUUAUUUGAAGAACAAAAACAUGUUUGGUGACCCUGGGCUGGAUAAUCAUUGGGCUUCGAUGAUCUACGACAUAUUAGAGGAACUCCGGAAGUCUUUGGAUGAUUACAGAAAACUAGAUGACCCAUUUUACCUACAAUAUUCGCCAUACGUUAACGACAGCAUGUAUGGUACCCCCACUAUUGAAUUUCCUCUAGACGACAAAAACGACCCGAUUCCGCCGGCAAAGUUACCAGCCAAGAAGUUAUCAUUCAACUCUUUAUUCAGUCGAACAAGGGAAGGCACUAAGUUGACAGUUAAAUCGGCAAAAUGGGCGCUUUACGACAAGAAGAGACUGGAGUCCACGAUAAGUACUUUUCGGCGGGAGACAGAAAAAUUGACAGGUCUCUUACCUCUCGCCCAAUCUGCACAGGUCUCUAGGAUCGACAACAAGAUCGAUGCACUUACGGCCACAAUCAACGACCGCGAUGCUCAAAUUUUGGGACUGGUUCCUCACGCAAAACUCAUGGAGUUUAAUGAACAAAACGAUGAUGAUUACACAGAUGAAAACGAAAUGAAGCAAUGCACAGUCAGCACUACUUCAGAUGGCAACGAACUGAGUGCAGGAACUAUUGAGUUGAAGCACCAAAGAGGCAAUACCGCUGAGCAAGAGUCGGUUCUGAUUGAGCUUAAACAUUAUCCACCCUUGGAGGAAAAUUGCGAUGCCACGUCAGAUUAUCCUGAUGCUGAUACCAAAAUUAAUGUUCGACGGCUGGCAGGGCUCCUAAGUAUAUCGUCUUCCGGCUCGGAACUACGAACGCUCCCUUUCAAAUUUUACGUUCAUGAGCCAGAUAAAGAGCGAUAUGCCUUUGUAUUUGGCUACCCCUUGCAUGCUCUUCAAUCUCAACCAAUAUCUCUUCACGAACUCAUCAAAUCAUCAAAACAAGGUGAACGGUUUCCACUAGCCAUCCGAUUUCAAGUAGCCGAAAUGAUCGCGAAAAGUAUUGGGGUAUUCCAUGCUGAUGGCUGGGUUCACAAAAGUGUGUGUAGUCGGGCCGUCGUUUUUUUUAAACAACGAUUAAAAGAAAGUCUUAUGCUCAGGUCUCCAUACCUCGUGGAUUUUGGUUACUCGCGGCCAGAAGAAGGAAAGACUUAUGCACGCUAUCAAGGAACAACUAAUAGCGAUGCUCUUUACCUUCACCCUGACCGCCCUCGUAUGACCUUUACCAAACUUCAUGAUAUAUAUGCUCUGGGCGUAGUUCUCCUUGAGAUUGCAACAUGGAAGACCGCAAAAGAGCACUUUGACUCUGCAGCAAAGGGUCUCAAUCUUGAUGUCACGACUAUUGAUAAAGAAGAGGUCAGAGAAAAAUUCCUAAGUAUUGCUAAGAAGAGCAUACCUUAUCAUAUGGGAACCACUUAUAUGGAAGCAGUCAUUUCUUGCUUGGAUGAUACUUACAGAGGUCAUACUGCUUCCUCGACAUUUCUGGAGACUUUCCAAACCGAGAUUAUUGAAAAGUUGAGUGCGAAGCAAUUAUUGUCUCACUAAAAUGAUAACAAGCUAUCCGAACUAGAGAUUUCUCAAUUGCUGCAGCCUGUGUUGAAACCCUAAAACCUUCAAAGUUCAAGAAAAUGUACGAUAUACGAUUUGGGAUUGAAAUCCAUCUGUAUCUGUCUGUCAGACUCAUAUCUCAUCAUAUUUCCACCUCGAAUAUCAUAGUAAAGAGUCAUACACAUACCAAGUACACCAAUUAUCACGAUCUAGUUAUGUGAGAGUAUGGAUUUGUGAGGGGCCCGAAAGUUUUCCUAUUGGAUUAGAUUUCAACUAGUAAUUCACUCUGUUAAUUGCUUAGAUCUAAAGGAGAAUGCCAAGCACUCAGAUUUAGAUUUCUGCAUUGUUGACA